GAAGAUGAAGGGGGGGAAGCCUGCAAAUCACUGACGUCUCCUCCUGCUCCUGCUGCUGCAACGACGCUCAUCAAGAAGCCAUUUCUGUUGCGUUCAGGGUCCAGCCUACGCGGUCGGAGAACGCACACUCCUGCUCCGACACAGCGUGAAUCUCGUCAUACGGAGGUGUCCCCCCCCACCACCACCACCGCCUCCCUCUCUCUUGCUAGCAUAUCAUCGAGCCCAGGCAACAGUGGUGUUCACCGAGAUCACCUCCUCCUCUUCUUCCUCGGAACACGCACGACUCACGGAGCGGACCUGCCGAGGCCACAUUCCAGCAUUCCUACAGCGCGAUCCACCGCGACGAGGCUGUGGGGGGGUUUCCUCCUCGCUUUUUUUUUUAAAGCAUUUGACAAAUCCUCUUUGUGUGCGUAUAGGGUGGAGUCAACCGGAAUUCUCCAAUUUGGGAAAAAAAACACCGACACACACUAGAAAACCUCCCUGACUGGCAUCACAAAAAAAGAAGCACCAUGAAGGACGGUAUUGCCAACAACAGCACAGCCAGCAUCUCCCAAGCUAGGAAAGCUGUGGAGCAGCUCAAGAUGGAGGCUUGCAUGGACAGGAUAAAGGUGUCCAAAGCCGCCGCAGACCUGAUGGCAUACUGCGACGCCCACAUACGUGAGGACCCCCUCAUCGUGCCCGUCCCUGCUUCCGAGAACCCAUUCCGGGAGAAGAAGUUCUUCUGCGCCAUCCUCUGAUGAGCUGCAUGCCGAGCGCCGCAGGCUGCAGGCGUGGCGUCGCCUGGCUUCUCUGUCUUCACCACACCUGAAGCCACUUGCCGUGGGCGUCCAGUUGAGUUUAACCGGGUGGACACUGGUGUUGGUCGGCUCUGUCCUGGCGGCUGAGGGGUUCUACGGGGGGAGCCCGAUCUCAUGUCUUGUUCAAUAGGUUUGUUAUUGCUUUGUUAUUAGAGAACAGCCUUGCUCAGUGCUUCAUGAGGUAAGAGGUGUUUUUUAUUUUUAUUCCUAACUUUUAUUGUGCGAGAUGUGAACAUGCCUCAGGAAACAGACAUGUGCCCACGAAAUAUCUUCAUUUCACGUGAAUCAUUCAUCUCUGUGUUAUCUUGAACGUCAGUGCCUUUCAGUGAGCAAGCUUGAAGUAUUUGCAGCACACUGCACUGAAAGCACCGCAACAACGUUACACCUGGCUCAUUUCACUGCUUUCACUAAUGAAACAAUUGGAGUCGAGAUCCGAACAGCCAUCAGAUAUCUUGCAGAGUGAAGUAUUGUGGUGAGAAGAAAGCUCAUCUGUUUGUUCAAGCGACACAACAUCACUGUGCAAGCCUUUUAGUCCAAAUUAGCUAAUAAACCUUCCUAGCCCCAUCUUGAUGCAUUCUACCCAGGUUGUUAGUUCCAUUUAAGCGUCAAUCAGUCUUCCAUUUCACCCCACAGCUUCUGAUUACAAUGCUUUCCCAAGUUGUAGGUGAUCACGUGUUUGCCGGGCAUGUUUCCUGAGUAAAAGGCAAAGCCUUUGAUGCCAAAAUGGAGGCCUGCAUGUUCCUCUGCUCCUUUUUUUUUUGUUUUUGGACGGCCGCCUCUGUUUCCAAGCAGCUGUUCCAGUGUACAGUAUGUUUCGGUGCCAAUCCCUGUGAGAGCCGUGUCAUCAUCACACUGGGCUCCCACACUUUUUUUUUGUUGUUAUUUUGGGUUCCGUUCGGGAAGAAAAAGCACACUGUUGAGACAUCUCCUUUACAUGGUAUUAAAAUAGCAUUUACAAAUUUUUAUGAUGAAUUGUCAACGAUGGUUUGUUAUUAUCUUUAUUAUGAGUAGUUCUUAUUGAAUAUUUGUUGCACAACACUGACUGAGACAUGACGUGUAGUGCUACUAAGCUUGUAUGAUACCUACAGUGGAAAUGAUGUACAAAUCAUGCAGUUAUUCAUAAUGUGUGAGUAUUUUUUAAAACAAACACAACAAUCUGUGAAACUUAAAGUCAUUUCCUUCCGGUACUUGAAGAUCAAUCUUUUUAGAAGAAUAAUUUCAGUAUAUGUCUUUAUAAAAUCCUCAGAAUGCCCUCGCGGGUCGCUCACUGAUUUCUUAGAAUGGUGCCAAAUUUUAAAUGAUAAAUCUAACAGCUAAGGAUGAAUAUUGCAUGAUUUUAUUUCUAAAAUGGCGACAAUUGGUAUGAUCUGAAAUGUUGCCUCUCUGCUGACUUUCUGCACAUGCCAUCACACUGGAAGUCGGAUAUGUUGACAACGUGCAGCUGUAUUCUUAAAUCGUAUUAUCGUUUUUGUAAUAAAUAAAUGAACAAUGCAUUUAA